UCCGGCGCGCGCCCGGGGGCGGUGGCGCGCAGUAGGGGGCUCUUGGGGUGCGUGUAGGUUUGAGUGAUCGCUGCGCGGCCGCCAUGCAGCUGACGGUGAAGGCGCUCCAGGGCCGCGAGUGCAGCCUGCAGGUGUCAGAGGAUGAGCUGGUGUCCACGCUGAAACAUCUGGUCUCCGAGAAACUGAACAUCCCCGUGCGCCAGCAGCGGCUGCUGUUCAAGGGCAAGGCUCUGGCAGAUGGGAAAAGACUCUCCGAUUACAGCAUUGGGCCCAAUUCCAAGCUCAACCUUGUGGUCAAACCUCUAGAGAAGGUGUUAUUGGAAGAAAGUGCCACAGGGAAACUGGCUGAGGCUCCACCCCCAUGCCCACCUGCCUGGCAGCUGAUCACCAAAGUCUUGGCGCGCCACUUCAGUGCUGCAGAUGCCAGCAGAGUCCUGGAUCAACUACAGAGGGAUUAUGAGAGGUCCCUGAGCCGCCUGACCCUGGAUGACAUCGAACGUUUAGCUAGCCGCUUCCUGCACCCCGAAGUCACUGAAGUUAUGGAAAAGGGGUUCUCCAAAUAGGAUUCACGGAGUAUGGAGAUGAGCCCGGCCAGGCUGCAAGCUGCAUGUAGCAUUAAAUGUGUUCUCAUGUUGCAAAUUGGCUUAUAAUAAUAAUAGCUGGUGGGUACCCAGGAACCUGCACCCAGCUCUUGCUAGGUGCCAGGCACCACUGAAAGCACUUGACCUGGGUUUGCUCCUGUACCUCAUACAAAAGGUGAGACAGCCAAGGCUCCUUGCAGUGAAGUGGGGGAGCCAGAAUCCAAGUCCAGCCAGCUUCUAGAAGUGCCUCAGGAUGAGAAAGAAAGAGGGACUGUUUGGAAUAUUCCGAGGGAUGGGCUUUGGCAUUUGGUGUUUAGCUCACUGAGAGUAAACCCUCAAGUGACUCCUUUCCAGACCUCUGGCAGGUCCGCAUUGGUGAGAGGCAAAGUGACAGCCAGCCCUGGGUCCCCUCAGCUGCUGCAGCUGUUGUGCACUCAACAAAGGAAAAGCAGGUUGGGGAGUUGGGGAUGAACAUCACCCAGCUUUAUGUUGUGACUUCUGUCAAGUCCCUAUACCACAUUGGUCCCCAGUUAUUGACUCUUCUCAGUGAAGGCCACUCUUUAAACCUCACUCAAUUUCCUUUGUCCGUACCCCAGAC